UUAAAACCUGCAGUGGCACACGUCCGCUCAUGGAAAGGGGAGAGUUUUUAGAAGGGGAAGUUAAGGAAUAGCCCCUUUUCCUGAUUGCUGACGCGGCCAGCGGCUGCACGCAAAAUAGUGUACUUCAAGUUAAGGACUGUGGAUGUAACUGCUUGUCACGAUGUUGUUUUGGAUUCUCGUUAUUGGGGCGAUUACAAGACUAGACGGUUACUUUUCCGAAGAGAAAAACCCCGGAGAAUCGAAAAUGCAGCCGCCUACAGUCGUGAUUGCAAUUAUCGCAAGAAAUGCUGCCCAUUCGCUUCCAUACUAUCUUGGAGCACUGGAGAGGCUGGACUAUCCCAAAGAUCGCAUCUCGAUAUGGGCUGCGACUGACCACAACGUCGACAACACCACGGCGAUCCUGCGGGAGUGGCUGACCAUCAUGCAGCGGUUCUACCACUAUGUGGAGUGGAGGCCCAUGGACAAACCCACGUCGUACCCUGGGGAAAUGGGCCCUAAGCACUGGACUAACGGCCGGUACGAGUACGUCAUGAAGCUCAAGCAGGCAGCGCUCAACUUUGCCAAGAAACGCUGGGCUGACUACAUCUUGUAUGCAGACACAGACAACAUCCUGACCAACCCAAAAACGCUCAGCCUUAUGGUGGCAGAAAACAAGUCGGUCAUCGCGCCCAUGCUGGACUCUCAGACUGCGUACUCCAAUUACUGGUGCGGCAUAACCCCUCAGGGAUACUACCGCCGCACUGCCGAAUACUUCCCUACCAAGCACCGGCAUCGGCUCGGCUGCUACGCCGUCCCCAUGGUGCACUCCACCGUGCUGUUGGACCUGCGUAAGGCGGGCACCAAGAAGCUGGCCUUCCACCCUCCCCACAAGGACUACUCCUGGCCUUUCGACGACAUCAUCGUUUUCGCUUUCUCCUGCCGCGUCUCGGAGGUGCAGAUGUACCUGUGCAACAAGGAGCGCUACGGCUACCUGAAUGUUCCUACGAAGCCUCACCACACCAUUGAGGAUGAUCAAAUCAACUUUGUUCAUGUGCAGCUGGAGUCCAUGAUUGAUGGGCCACCCAUGUACCCCUCACGGCACAUACAUUUGCUUCCCAGACAAAGAGACCUCAUGGGCUUUGAUGAGAUAUACCUGAUAAAUUUACGCCGGCGUCCGGACAGACGGGAUAGGAUGCUGUGGGCUCUCAACGAGCUGGAGAUUGAUGUCAAGGUGGUGGACGCUGUGGAUGGAGGUGCUCUAAACAGCAGUGAAAUCAAGCUUUUGGGCGUUGACCUCCUGCCGGGAUACUACGACCCCUUCUCGGGUCGCACCCUGACUAAGGGCGAGGUCGGCUGCUUCCUCAGCCACUACUUCAUCUGGAAGGAGAUGGUGGACAUGCAGCUGGACAAGGCGCUGAUCUUUGAGGAUGACAUACGUUUCCAGGGCAACAUCAAGCGGCGGAUACUGCGCUUGAUGGAAGAGGUUGAGAAGGUGGAGCUGGACUGGGACAUUAUAUACCUGGGCCGGAAGAAGGUGAAACCGGGAGACGAGGUAGCAGUGGAGAACGUGCGGAAUCUGGUGGUGGCAGACUACUCCUAUUGGACGCUGUCCUAUGCUAUCUCUCAGCAGGGGGCCCAGAAGCUCAUCAAUGCCGAACCUCUCUCCAAGAUGCUGCCUGUAGACGAGUUCUUGCCCAUCAUGUAUGACAAACACUCAAAUGAGGAGUACAAGGCGCAUUUCCCCAACCGGAACUUGCAGGCGUACUCAACGCACCCCCUUCUGGUGCAGCCCUGCCACUACGCCGGAGACCCGGAGUGGGUGAGCGACACAGAGACCUCCACUCUCUGGGACGACGAUUCCGUGCGGACGGACUGGCGCGGGUCCUUCAAGACUUUGAAGGGCUCGGUGCCGACAGCGGGGCUGCAUACCGCGUACCGUGACGAGCUCUAACGCAGCGCGGUGCGGAUCGCCUGCGGCAUGAAAGGAACCUUAUUUUAUUGCAUAUUUUGUCAUCACUAGGCAAGGGCUGUUUUGCUGCGUUCCUUCUACAAACAGCCGUGCUGUGGGUUCGUUGACCCGAGGCAGCAGUCCAGCUCCUGACCUCCGAGGCCCCCGGUCCCUCCCUCACAUAAUAAAUAUGGGCUUUCUUGCUCGGACAUCUUACAGGUGCUGUGCGUCGGUACACCUGGAGUCAGGAGCCACUGUUCCACAGGGAAAAAGUGUGUGAUAGGUAUGCAUGUCUCUGCAUGCAGUGGACCGCAUUUCUUUUAUUUUGGUUGAUACGGUUGUGGUGUGUGUCACAUGCUUCCUGUCCUCCUUCGUUUGUGCUCACCUGCUCACCUCUUCCCGUGUGUAGCAAAUACCCUGUCUGUGAGUUUCCAUCUCAUGCCACAGGUCACUGGCCACCAUAUCUUUUGCAUUGAACACUAAACUUACCGGGUGAAUCCAGUCAUUUUGAACCAUGAAGGGAAGAGAUCCACAAUUAUAAUCUGCCAGUGGAAUUAAGAAAUCUGUGUGAGCAGAGGUCUGCCCAAACACUGAGGCUAGGACUCGUGCUACAGGAAAGGCUUAUCAGCUGGUUUUAAGGGAAACCAACUGGUGCCUGCUUUUAAAAGUGAUAAAGACUUCACUGUGAUGACAAUCAAGCACCAUUGAGCAUGUGUCUGCAAUCAUUGCCUUUUCUGAAUACAAAUGGUACCUCUAAUGCCUCUGCUUGUAGUUUAGGAAUUAAGUUUGUUUCUGUUUUUUAGGCUUGUUACUAGUUGUUGGUAGUCUUAGCAGUAGUAGUACCUUUAUUUAUUUCCUGUUUUUUUAUUUAUUUCAGUAUCCCACUGAGCUGAAAUCUCAUGAAAUUUUUAUUCUUGUUUCAUUGUAUCAAGUGAAACUAGAAAUACAAUCCCAUUAGUUCAAUGUUAAUUUUCUUUACUAGAUUCACUGGGCAUGUAAUGUCAUAUGAAUUCAAGCGGAUUUAUAUAAAAAAUGUAUUUUUAAUGCAUUUUGAUAGUUACAACUUGUGAUCAAAAGUGAGAAGACUAUUUUUAUUUGUCAUGGUAACUAUAAACUAAUAAUCUUGGGCUCAACCUUUCUGUUUGUGUUGGCGACUUGCACAAUUACACUGAAUGUAAAUGUAAUCAGUGCCACUGAUAAUUAUUUACCUGUGCUCUAGGUCUGUGGAUAAUCUCAAAGGACUAGCAUAUAGCUAUAUAAACAAUCGAUUAUUAUAUUUUUAAAAUAAUAAUAAUAAUUGAUAGCAUUUGUGUAGCUAUAUGUAGGCCCUGUAGAAUUAUUGUAAUGGUAAAAUGUAAUAUUUUUAUUAUAUGAGGUUAUUACAUACUUGUUUACUAUGAGCUCUGUGCAAGCUAUGAAACGUAGUUUUUGCUGUAUGCAUAUGUAUUGCAUGCUAUGUACUAUGUUAUCAUAACUCUGUAUUACCUCGACAUCAUAACUUGCAAAAGUAAAAGUGCAAUGGGUUCAGUUUAAA